AUGGAUUUUGAUUUGAACUUAUCACCUUCAAAAAAUCAAGAAACAUACUCAUUUGAUUUGAAUCUUCCACCGGUGAAUAAUGAUGAUCAUGCUCCUCCAGUAGACGAUUAUGAAGUUAUUGAUGAAUCAGUUCAUCUAAAUGAGGAAACAAUUGUUGAUGAUGGAGGAACAAUANCCAUAAGGGUUGUAUCAUCGUCGGAAGGUACUCUUUUAAUCGAUUUAAAUUUAAGCCCGAUGGANGAGUCGGAUACUCAUUUUUUUGAGCUCAAUCUCAAUCAAUUGUCUCAAGAAAGUGAAGAUCCCCUUGUUGAAAAUUCAGAAUGUCANUUGUACUUGAGCUAUGUAAUGUUUAACGUACUCAUCAUACUUGUUACAGCCCAAGUCAAUCAUCAACCAUCAAGUGGAACCAAAAAGAAUAUUUCUNAUGCUCUAAGGCGGGAUGUCUAUAAUGCCUUGUUGGAAAGAAGCAACAAAGGAAANUUGAACAAAAAUACAACACGAGAAGUAGCAGAGUUGUUCUCGAUUCAUAUUCGGACAGUUCAACGAAUUUGGGAACGGGCUAAAAAGACUCCCAUUGGUGAAUCAGUUGAUGUAUCGGAAAGAAAGACAAAAAAUUGUGGUCGUAAGAAAGUACCAAUUGAUCUAGAGCGGAUUGUUGAUAUUCCUUUUCAUCAACGAACAACUUUGAGGACAUUAGCAAAAGCUCUUGGGGUCAGUCAUGCAUCACUCUAUAAAUGUGUNAAAGAAGGUGCUCUACGGCGUCACACUAAUGCUUUGAAACCACAUCUCAAAGAAGAAACUAAGUACAAUAUUGUACAUAUCGAUGAAAAAUGGUUUUAUAUGACUAAGAAGACGGAAAAAUAUUACCUACUUCCGGAGGAAGAUGAGCCGCUACGAACAUGUCAAAGUAAGAACUUCAUUGGAAAAGUGAUGUUUUUAGUUGCAAUGGCUCGUCCAAGAUUUGAUGAUGAAGGAAAUGAAUUGUUUUCGGGAAAGAUUGGAGUAUUUCCUUUUGUCACAAUGCAACCUGCACAAAGAAGAAGUAGAAAUAGAGAAGCGNGGAUCGUAGAGAUAAAACCGAUCACUUCGGUGAAAAGGGAACACAUAAGAAGAUUUUUAAUCGAAGAAGUUAUUCCCAACAUUCACGAAAAGUGGAAAGCUGAAGACGUAGGGAAACCUAUAUUUAUUCAACAAGAUAAUGCCAAGACACAUGUCAAUCCAAGUGAUACCGAAUUUCAAGAAGNUGCUUCAAAAAAUGGGUUCGACAUUCGAUUGAUGUAUCAACCGCCGAGUUCUCCGGAUCUGAAUGUUCUUGACCUUGGAUUCUUUAGUGCAAUUCAGGCCUUACAACAUCAGGUAUGUCCCAAAAACGUUGAAGAACUUAUUAGUGCCGUCAAAAAAUCUUUUGAGGAAUACCCAACAAGAAAGAUCAACCAUAUUUUCUUGACUUUGCAUGCAAGAAACUAUGAGAGUUGGAGGAUCUAA